AUGUGCGCUACGGUACAUCAUGUGCUCCAUACAUGCGCCGUGCUAAUGGCGUUGCAACAGUUCCAGGGAAGCACGCCGUUCGGCGCAAUAAAUGACCAGCGUUGCAGAGGCCAGCCAAUCCAAUCCAACUCCCCUUCGUCCAAUCCGAUGUUAAAUGAGAGUGACCAUGCACUGUCAUCAUCAAAGAAAGUCACUUUUAUUCAUUCUAGUCCACGUUUCUUCCUAUGCUUAUAUCUGGAUAUAGUGCCCCAUUCUCCGUCGGUAGCGGCUAAAGCAACAGCAUCUACUUUUAUAAGAGAAUACGUGUCUAUCAAGAGCUACAUGUGUCAAGAAUUUCCUUCCGAUGGCGCCACAUCUUCUUGUAUCAUCUCAUCAUUACAUAUCAACCUUGCGAUGUAUGCGAAUCCGAUCUGCUUGGCAAUAAAUAUGCUCGAAUUUUUUGCGUAUUUGGGCUGCAUCUCUCAUUUCCAUGCCAGUAGAUAUAUAUCGGCGUCGGCGUCACGACUCAUGACUCUUCAGAUUCGCGCCUUGUCCGUUUGCGCAUUCGGAACCAUCAGUCGCAUUCAACGGACUGCUCCUUGCAAUUGCUGUAUGCAGAUGGAUAUCGUACGGGGAGCAUAUUGGCCUGGAGCAUCUAAUUUCCGUCCAUCCUUGCUGACGAUGUUUGCACCGAAAGAUGAACCGAACCCUGCUGGAAACAAACGCCUCUAUAGGUUAUGGUUGACUUUCGGCACCGACUAG